AUGGCAGCAGCAAGAGAUAAAGUAAAAGGAAUUGGACUUCUUGUUUCCAAGUCUACAAGAAUAAGACAUCGAAAGAUUGUGAUUGUAGGUAAACUUGCCAUAACCAGACCAGCUAUGACCUUCAUAAAAAGAUUAGUAGUUUAUAAAAAAAUAAAACAAUCUUAA